AUGGCUCGCGACGAGCAGGCUCAGGAGCCUGAGGUCACGUCCGCCGAUCACCAAGCCGCCACCGGAAUCACCCCCGCUGACAGGGUUGCGUCGACGAGCUCGUUGAAGAGCCUCGGUCAAGCCAGCGAUACCGAAGGCGCUGAGCGUCCUGUGCGCGAGAAGCUGAAGAAAACAUCCAUCGCCGGCCUGCCGAGAGACGUCCUCUCCGACGACGACCACGAGAUGUCCGCCGCUUCCGACGUGUCGAAGGAAGCUGCGACCGAGGACGCGGCGGGGACGCCCGACACCAACGAGGAGCCGAGGGGCCGCGUGCGAAAGAAGAGAAGCUUCGAGGAUAUGGGAGGCAUCAGAGCAGAGAAGCAGGGCAGGAAGCGCUCGAGGGAUGUCACCCUCGCUGACGCGCCCGAGAUCACGAAGCGAAAGGCCUCUGCCGAGAACAAGAAUGGCACAAUCAAGGAGGGCUCAUCCACACCUUCGAGCUCUGCGGAACGGACACGGAGGGGCAUGCUUAGUCCCAAGGGUAAGCGGAACCGCGAGGAGUUUGAAGAGGAAGGCGACAAGCCAUCUGCCGAGGUGAAGGACACCAAUGCUACGGAGAAGAUCUCUACGAAGAAACCCUCUGGCGAUGAGCCCAAGGUCAAGCGUCACAGAGAUAGCAACAGCCCCGAGUCUGGCAAGGAGAACAACACGGCGGAUACCAAAACUUCGGAAACCAAGAUACCACAGGGAAGCGGAUUCGCUAACACGUCCGCGGCUUCGCCAUUCGCCUCGCUGGCCGCUAGCAAGUCCCCAACGCCCCAGCCUCAAACAUCGGAUAGUGCUUUCAAGGCUUCCGGGUUCGGUGCCCUGGCGAGUACCUCGACGUCCCCGUUUGGAGCUCUCGGCGCUGUAUCAAAGCCUGCUUCGAGUCCCUUCGGAUCUACUACUGCUACUGCAAAGCCCACCAUCACCGGCUUCUCAGGUAGUAGCACGCCCUCUGCAUUUGGCGGAUUGACUUCUUCGGAGAAUAAGUCUCCCUUCGCCGCAGCCACUUCCGGGUUUGGUUCUAUCGCAAGCAGCGGCUUUGGCAGUGGAUUUGGCGGAGGUGGAAAGCUUACAAGCUUUGGUGGUGGCAGUGGCCCCAAGAUCACCGGUCUGAGUGAUAAGCCGGCGCGGCCUUUCGGUGCACCGAAGGAUGAGAAGGAAGAAGAGGAAGGUUCUGGCGAUGAGGCAGGUGAUGAAGAAAAGGAGAAGGUCCUGAGUCCCACCAACGAAGAGGAUAAAAAAGAUGAAAGAUUCUUCGAGCAAGAUGUCGAAACUGGCGAGGAGAAUGAGGAGACCAUCUUCGUCUGCCGUGCCAAACUCUACAAUUUCGUUAAGGUCUCAGACACCAAGAAGGAGUGGAAGGAGCGUGGUCUUGGCAACCUCAAGGUUAAUGUCAAGAAGCAAUCCGCAGAGGAUGCUGAAAAGAAGGCUCCCAAGAAGGCACGCUUCGUCAUGCGCGCGGACGGUUCCCAUCGUGUUGUUCUCAAUUCCCCUAUCCAGAAGGAGCUUAAGGUUGGCGACGUCAAGGGCGAGAAGCCCACGAACGGGCUUGUUCUUUUCAUGGGCACCAUGGACAGCGACGAUCUUGAAAUGCUUCAGCUAAAGGUGAAGCAACAGAAUGCCGAGGCACUGUGGGACAAAGUUUCCGCGCUUCAGCAGGAGAUGUAA